UUAAACCAAAUAAUUUUUUAUUAUAUUAUUCGUUUAACACAUUAAGUUGCAUUAAUAUUAUUUUUUUAUUUUAUUUAUAAUUUUUUUUUCUACUACAUGUUUUUUGGUGAAAAGUGCUUUUAUUUAUAAAAAAUAAUAAAUUAAUAAAAUAAACAUGAAUUCUAAUAAUGUGCUACUAUCACCACCAGCAUCGCCUCAACUUAAAUACACUCAUAAUGAACCGCUUCAGUCGUCGUUCAGUGUCGCGGCAUUACUUGGUGAAAAAUUAUUCCAAAAAAGUACUCUAAAUAGUGAAAUAAAAAAACACGAUAAUGCCCAUCCCAAUCUUCCACCCACACCUCAGCCGUCGGACACAGAGGAAGAUGAGCAGCCCCCACGCAAACGCACCAGAUGCACUGAGCAAUGUGGAGAAUUAACAAAGUUAUUAUUAGAUGGAACGCCUCCACCAAGUCCAGAGCCAGUGCGGGCUUCAGUAAUAAUGCGUGCAAAUCGAGAUGGUACCUGCAGUCCAGCAAAUUUAUCAGCUAUAAAAAAAUCAACUGCUGGCAUGUCACCAGUAGUAGGAUUAUCUGCGCAUCCAACGCGUCCAAAACCGCCAGCACCAAUUACGUUAGAUAAGCCAGUCGUUGAGACAGAAAAUAUUUUGAAGACUCUCAAGUUCAAGAUGAGUUUACGCAAAGAAGAGAUUAUUGUUAACAGCAAAAACACAGACCGAGAGAGUCAAUGUCAGAAACUACAACUGCUAGCACCUAAACCGCCUGCUAUCACAAUGGUAACUGGUAUCCUAGGAACGCCUUUAGUUUUACCCACAUCAACAGCAACGCCACUUCUCUUUGUCACAUCACCGACAAUAACAACGACAAGUUCUACAGCCCCCGGCAGUCUAGACUCUGGAGCACGUAGACGAGUUUAUGAAUGCGAGUACCCGGGUUGUGGUAAAAACUACUUCAAGUCAUCGCAUCUUAAAGCUCACAAGAGGACACACACUGGAGAGCGACCCUUUCCAUGCCCUUAUGAGGACUGUGGAAGGAGAUUUUCUCGUAGCGAUGAAUUGUCGAGACACAAGAGAACUCACACGGGUGAAAAAAAAUUCGUUUGUUCUGUUUGUCAAAGGCGAUUCAUGAGAAGUGACCAUUUAGCUAAGCACGUUAAGCGACAUACUAAAGAUAGAAAUUUAUCAUCGAGUGCGUUAAUGUCUUCAUCAUCAUCCUCAUCUCCGUCGUCUUCAUCAUUAUCAUUACCAACAGCUGCUCAUCUUCAAUCUACAGUCACACCUGCGCCACUUAGAAUAAAUUUACUUCCAGUAAUAGCACCGCGAUUGCAACAAUGUAAUACACAGACAUUUAUCUCGCAAAGUCUUUGAUAUAGAAUUAAAAAUUUUUUAUUCGUAAUUACGAAUAUUAUAUUGAAGAAGAUAACUGAUUAUAUAGAAUGGUUAUUUGAAGAUACAAAUGAAAAAAUAUGCAACAAUAAAAACAAAAGCAGGAGCAAGUUUAAAGAACUUGUCUUAUCUCAUCUCGCUGUUAUUGAUCAGUUAGAGGUCGACGUAGACGUCAGAUAUUCUUCUAGUCGAGGGCAGACAUCCGACCGCGAAAGGUCUUAUUUCUUUCACCUACUUAUUACGAAAGAAAAUGUAUAUUGUUGAAAAAAAAAAAUAUUUAUUGCGAUAACUUUAUUGAUGAUAUUUAAUUAUUGUAAAAGUUUGUUAUCAUUUACGAUAAUUGUAAUAGUAGAAGGAGAAAGUUGUUUAUAAACUAAGUACCUAAGUGUGUCUGUGAUUUAUGAUGCGUUAAAACUCUUGACCCAGAGUAACAAAAUUUAGAGUAUUUAUUUAUAGUUUAUUUGAGUGGGUAAAUGGGGUUUAACUGUACAAAGUCUUUUUAAAUUAUUAACUUUUAAAUGUACAUUUAUCUUUAAUUUUAUUAUUAAUAUUAUUAUUAUGUACUCGAUUAGGAUUAUCUACGACUAAUAUUACUAGAGUUAUUGUAAAUAAUUAUUUUUAUUUUUAAUUUAAUGUAACUCAUUUAAACCAAGACUUGAGAACGGGAAAUCUUUUUGUACAUAAUUAUUAAAUAAAUAAGUCUUAUAUACUUUCAUAAA